UGUCUCGCGACUCCACCGGCCCGUCAGCGCCUUGAAUGGCGGUGGCGACAAGCGACUGCGGGUACACACACCGUGAUCGAAUUUUCCACCGCCAUCGUCCAUGCGCCCUCCCCCGCGACUGUGAUCUCCGCUUCGCAACGGAUUCGGUGCUUUCUCGCCCCUACAACCGCGGAACCCGACGAUGCUAUCCGCAGUGGGGAGGACACAGCACAGCGGUGGCACGUCAUGCCUCGCAGCAAAUAAUUGUAGUGGAUGGGUUGACAAUGGGUUGUGUCGAUACGGACUCCAUUGCCCCUUAUGGAACCCUUCUGGAUCAACCAUGGAUGGAGCAGGUCAACCGAUGCCACUGGUGAUCCACGACCCUUCCGCCAGCUGCCGUCCAUUGGCCCGCACGAUGGAUCGGCUCCCAUCCUAAGGCUGGCAAAGUUCACCAACGCUGUGGAUUUUGCAAAACUCAGUUCCCCUAUCUUAGGUUAUCGACGUGUGCGGCCACCCUUAAAUCCCCCGGACUUCCGGUGGCUGCUCCCUUGGCUUUGCUCCCCCAGAUGCAUUGAAUUCAGUUUCAAUUGCUGAUCCCCCUUCACUAUGUCUCUCCCACUUCCCAAUGACAUUCUCCUCCAGGUCGGGGAGUAUGUGGAAGACUGUCGGGACCGCUACAACCUUCUCUUUGUUUGCCGUCAUUUUCACGACCUGUUCCUGCGCUUGGUCUACCAAGCAGCAGCCUUGAAGGACUGCUCCCAGACCCGUUCCUUCUUGGGAGCUCUACUCCGUCGUCCCGAGCUGGCUCGGGCGGUUCGCACCUUAGACUUCCAUGACUGGUGUCCUAGAUCCACUUCCACUCCUUCCUCCCCCCUCUCCGACGAAGACCUGGCGCCAUUUGCCCAAUUGGCCCACGCCCUCAGUCAAACCGCUGAAGAACACACGAAAUGGGAGCAGGAUCUCCGGGAUAAUGUUGAAGAGGCUUGGAUCGCGCUUCUCCUGCCGCUGGCGAGCAAUCUGAGGCAUUUGCAAUUGGUAUACCCCAAGCAGAAUGUCUACCUGGACCGCAUGAUGCAGCGGGCAGUGAGGGGAGAGAAGCCCUUCGACGACCAGCCGGCAUUCCGUGUAUUGCGCGAUGUGUCGCUGAGCCAUUUAGCUGACGAGGAAGACAGCCGAGGAAGCUACUUGCCUUCUCAGGUCCUUCCUUUCUUUCAAUUGCCAUCCAUGCGGGCGUUCUCGGCAGACUCGGUGGUUGAGUCUACCCGCCCACGCGACGAUGAGCCUGAACCAACCGGACCUGCUGAGGAACCGACGGCCGGCUCUUCCUCCAUUGCUGAGAUUACACUGAAUACGAGCAGCGGAUCACAGGGCAUGCAGAGCCUGAUCGCCUCAUGCUCCUCGCUUCAAUCGUUCAAGUACCAGCAUUCCGAUUCACACCUGCUCGCAGAGGGGUUCCAGCCUUCUGCAUUCUUCGAGUCCCUUGCGAGCAGUAAGAGCAGCCUGCACACCCUGUGGCUGGACAAUUGCGGCACCCACUUGCCUUUCACCAUUGCUGGAGCGAACGAAACGCAUGACGAGUGGUUCGGGCCUCUGACAGAGUUCACUGCGUUGAAGGAUAUCCGCAUCCGUCUGCCCAACCUGCUCGAUGUUCGCUACCAGUAUGAACCGUCGUGUCCACUCACCGAUGUGCUUCCAGCGUCGGUCGAAUCGUUGUAUGUGGAAGGCUGCAAGGAGAACUCUUUGGCUAUGCUGGUUGGACAGCUGCAAAAGGUCCUUAACAAGCGCAAGACUCAAUUCAAGGGUUUGCGACGACUCGAUGUUGAAGGUUUCUUUCAUGACGAGGAGGACGAGGACGCGUCGGGCUACCAGCCGGCGGAGGCCGCCGGCGAGAAAGUGAUCAAACCCCGGGUGUAUCAGACGGUAGAGCCGCUGCACCGUGCCUGUGCCGAGGCUGGGAUUGAACUCUACGUGCGCGACCGCGUGUGCUUGGCGACGAUGCAAGAAGCAUAACAUCAUUGAUACGACCCGAGACGAUGAUAGAAGAUAGAGGAUAGAUGAUAGACUUACGUUGCGCACAAUACCCAUAGACAACUGCUUUCGGUCUCUUGAUUUGGAAUAAUGCGUUGAUUAGCUAGAUUUUUACAUGAUUUGGAAUUAUUGCGAAUUGAAUGAUUGCAUUGAAUCGAUU